UUUGAAUUGCAAGUCACGUGACCAUAAUAUUUGGACGUCAUCAGCUGAGCGCUCGAGAGAAGAUUUAUCAUAGAUGUCUUGCCUAUUGGAUCAAAUAGCUGCUAUUGGGAACACCACAGAAGUAGUGCAAUGGCUGUGUCCACAUCUGACCCCGAGUGGCUCGCAAGGUUCUCCCUCCAUAGGGUCCACCUCUUCUCAGCUGACAGCAUCCGAGUGGAACGAGGAAUGGGAGGACUGGGGGGAUAUGGAUCCAGGAGGAGGACCCAAGCCUGAGGGAGGAGACAACAGCACAGCCACGCAUUCGUCGUCUUCCCCUCAGCCAGAAACGUCAUGGCUAGCGGAGUGUUACAUUGCAGCCUCUCCUACCUCGGACCUGAUGGCAGUUGGCUUCAAGAAUCGAUUAGCGAUAUUGUCACGUCGAUGGGAAAGUUAUGCAGAAGAGGAAAACAAAAUGCGUUUGGUUGUCACAUGGCGAGGGACUGUAGGAUAUGGUGCAAGCGAUGAAAUAAAUGCCAUAUUGUGUCUGCCACUCCUGUCCCAGAAGCAGAGCAGCACUGGCGGACCGGACUGGACUUGUGUCAUCGUUGGAUUUACGUCUGGCUAUGUGGCUAUGUACACUGAGUGUGGACUGGUCCUGUUAUCACAAAUCUUUGAAGAAGGUCCUGUGUUGAGUCUGAAGUGCCGCACCAUGACAGACGGAAGCAGGGCAGUUCUGUCACAGGAUACAAGUGAGGAACUCAUCAUACUUUACCCAAGAUCUAUAACCACCAUCGAUGGAUUUUCCCUUUUCCAAACUCUCCGAGGCUGCAGGAAUCAGGUUGCCAAAGCUGCAGCGAGUGGGGGAGAGAAUGUGAGUGUCCCGCCAUUAGGAUAUAAGAAAUGGGGUCUGGUGGAUCAGGGAAUGGUAAUGGAUUGCGCUGGACCAGGCGUCACUCCACCGUAUCUUUAUGAUCACCUGGCGCAGACUUCACUCGCCAAGGGCUUCAAUCAUAUGGUGUCUUCCGGUGUACCAGCAUCUUCACUGCUCCUCACUGUUGGGCGUAUUCCUUUUAUUGGUUUUCUGUAUGCACAAGAAGGGUCAGCCCCGCCAUUUGUUGCAGAUGUUGCCCUCCUUUAUGCAAGCAAAUUGAAGGAUGCACUUGUUUCAGCUGCCAGUGGUUGGCUAUUUGGAAGAGGAAAGAAUAGGGAAGCAGAGAAAUCAAAAGAGAAACCAAAGAUUGAACCUGCAACACCAUUGCCAUACAAAUGGUCUGUUCCUGACAAAAGAAGAACAGGCCUGUCCUUGAGUCUGGCCCCUGGACGCAGACUAGCAGCAGUUACAGACGACUUCGGACGUGUAACACUGAUUGAUGUCCAGAGAGGAGUUGCCUUGCGGAUGUGGAAAGGUUACAGAGAUGCAGAUUGUGGGUGGCUGGAAGUCGAGGGUGAAUGGGGGGGAAUGAAGAGGCAGGUCGCAUUCUUGCUUAUAUACGCACCAAGGCGAGGGUUGUUGGAGGUGUGGACCCCACAGCAAGGGCCAAGAGUUGCUGCAUUCAAUGUGCCAAAGCAUGCACGGUUAUUAUACACUCCACACACCCUGCUUGGUGUGAAUAGUGUGCGAGGUGUCCGAUGUAAGGUCUUCCCAGUUCUGUUUGUGACUCCUGAUGGGCAAAUCAGCGAAGUUAUUGUUCCCUUCCAUAUGGCUCUUGGUGGGAAGACAAGCAAGAGAGCCCGAGAUCUGCACCUUCUGAAGACCCUCAAGUCUCACCUGAGAAACAACAACGAGGAAGAGGUACUGAAGACCGUCUCCGAGAUAAAGACAUCGGGCGUCCGGAAACAGGCAGUCCAGGCCCUGAUCCUGUCGCAGCAUCUCACCUCGUCGCUGCUGCAGGGUUUGCUGGACAUCUUUCUACCUGUUUACUGUCCUGAUGCGGAAGAGGAGAAAGAAGAUGGUGUUCAGAGCCAAGAUCAUGAGAGCCGUCUUCUCGGCCAGCAGCUUCUACGCUUGAAGCAGUUGUUGCAGCUCUACAUGGUGUUGGUAGAACUACACACAAGCCGGGAAGCUUCGCCGGACCCAGAUGAUGAAACAUUAGUGUUGCAACUAGCAAGACUUCUGGUUCUGACGCCAGCGGAAACCAAAGCGUUCCUGUCAACCUUGAACAUUAUGCGAACUCCAAGACUACGAAUUCGAAGAAGAAUAUUUCUGAUUAACAAGGUCAGAUUUUCCGAUUCAUCAGUGAACUUUAGCAUAGGCUCUUUUAUUCGCUGCUGGGAUGUAACUGUAGGAUCUUUAGUGAAGGAUUUGGCCAACAAAACGCUCCCUGUUAACAUGAAAGAAGACAUUCAACAAGAGAAGCGUUUGAGACUGGAGUUAAAGAGAAAUAUCCUGAGAGAUACUAAGAGACAAAUACACCUUGAGCCUCUAAGUGGAGAUGAAACUUUUGCUAAAAGCAGUGUACAAGUGUAUGAAGAAGUUCAGUCAGGCCAUCGAAGAAAGCGGAAGCAACUUGGAGUCCUUACUGCAUGUAGCAUACACCAUUGGUCCCUUUGCUGCAGUCCUGACACAGUGUCAGCCCUUCAUCUAGGCACAAUAUUUUACUGUCUGUCCACAUUAGCAGGAGAAAAGGUGCUAUGCGAUAUUAGCCAGCUGAGUCCUUGGUGGAGCUCAGUAAGGGAUAAGUUAGUGGCCUCCACCCAGCCUUACCAAGCCUACAUUGCGUCACUCUUGUGCCGAGGCGUUCAUGCCAACCUGGAAGCUCGGUUGCAUUCCACUGUGACAGAAAAUGCCUUGCACUUCAAAAAGGACAUUAUCCAGACCAAUGCCGAGGAUGACACAGACCAUAAAUACUUAUCUCUGAACGACUGGGAAGGACUUUCGAUGGAGAUGGUCGAAUGGAAUCUGGUGAUUGGCCAGUUAGAGUGUCUUCUUCCUCUGAAUCAGUUCUUGUCACUCGUACCAGAGAACGGGCCUCAGAGACAACCCAAGCUUGAGGUGUCAGUAAAGGACCUUCUUGAUAAAGGGAAAGGAUAUGUUGCCGAGCUUGUUGCGAACUGGUUCAUUGGCUCCGGCAUGGAUCAUGAGUGUGUGGUGCAACUUGUGCGAAAGCAGGACGAGCUCAGGAGACUGGAGAAGGAGGAGUUGGAGAAAAUGGACGAUGAUUCAGAGCAGACGGAUCAAAUGGAGGUCACCUCUGAUUCUGUUCCAAAUGACCUGAAGCAAGUUGAUGGGAAAAUAGCUGAAUUUUUAAAGAAUGUUAGCAAGAAAUUCCCAAAUUCCGUGGCAGCAGAUUCAGUUCUAACGAACAUGAGCUGGGAGUUAGUGGCAGCGUGGAACAAAGCGAGGGAUGACACCAAUUUGAUCUCGCAGGCUGUGAAGCUUGUUGGAAGUAUAAGGAAUUCACAUAUUAGACAUGGUGUUUCACUGAUGCUUUGGGAAACAUGGGUGAGCCAGUUUGUCCAGUUAACGACAAGUCUGAUGGACAAAGUCGGGAGGAUACCCAAAGACAGACUGUGCCGAAGGGACCUUGGCCUCGGGGAACACAACCUUGCUCCAGUGCUGCAGGCAGUCCUCACCCUCCUUGAACAAAUUAUGGAAGCUAAUGUAGUUUGUGAGGUGGAGAAGCCAUUGGUCAUUCCAGCAGAUAGUUUCUGGAGUGGACAGGAAGGGUCGCCAGCCUUGGUAGAGCUCACAGUGAUGCAGAAGAUGACCUGUUAUGACCUUGUGUACCAGCAUUACCAGCUUGUCUCUGUCCUCUAUCUAGUCACGCAACAUGGGUUGAAGUCUGUGAGGCCACUGACCUAUUUUGAUGGCAAGGACCGUAGCGUCUUGUUCAAGCCUCUGACAACCAGUUGGACUAUCGGAGGCCACACAGACCCAACUGUUAUAAAGGCUCGCUUAGCUCUCUUAUGCAGAGUAAUCACAGCCGCAGUUUCCUCACUUCCAGACACUACAGAAUAUAACCAGGGAGAUUCACUGAGUAUUCGCCAGGCAAUAGACCUGGGUAGAGCAUGGGGAACUUCACUAGAUGUGUUACACCGUCAUCAUAUAUGCGAACUGUACACUUCUGGGCUUGAUAAAUUGGCAGAAGAGGAGCUGCCAACCAUUAGUGAUGCUACGUUGUUGGGGUCGCAGCUGGUCCUUAUUGCCGGGCAGAGGCUGAACUACCAGCUGGAAAACUCUCCGAGGACCGCACACCAUCUGGCUCUAACCUCCCCUACUAUUACAGAAUGGAUUAAGUCUGAUGCCGGAAGUCUUCGUUGCCCAGCCGCUCCCCUAGAAAGUACAGUGACGUUAUUAACACACGCUCUCAGUCUGUUGCCAGAAGAUGCACAGGAGCACAAAAUGGCAACAGCCCUCUACGAUACUCUCACGGCAUUUGUAAAGGACCAGAGUAAUGCCGACAAGGAGCAAGGAGACUGUCUUGUGUAA